AUGCCCCACAGUCACCACUCCCACUCUGGGCAGUUCUGUCGACAUGCCAAAGAUACGCUCGAAGAUGUCGUGAAAGAAGCUAUCAGGAAGAGGUUCGAGGUGUUUGGCUUGAGUGAACAUGCUCCGAGGUUCAGGAUGGAAGAUCUCUUUCCUGAGGAGGCAGACUUAACACCUGCAGACCUCCUCACCACUUACCUGGCCUUCCUCUCACACGCUUCAUCCUUAAAAUCCAGAUACUCAAACCAAAUCUCCUUGCUCAUCUCACUCGAAACAGACUACAUAACUUCUCUAGAUCUCAACAAUGUAUCUGAGCUGACCCAUCAGCGGAAAGAGAUAGAUUACAUAGUAGGAAGUGUCCACCAUGUCAACGGGAUAUCUAUCGAUUUCGAUCGUCCUACAUGGCUACGAUCCAUUCAAGCAUCCGUUCAGGACGUACAAGGUCGAACGAUGGAUCCUGGACCACCGCCUGUCCUCGACUUAGGUGAUUCGACAAAUCCAAAAUUACAAAAUGACUAUCAACCUACUCAAGAGGAGUUGAUACCUUUCUUAGAGAAUUACUUUGAUCAGCAAAUCAAGUUGAUAGAUCACUUUCGACCAGAGAUUAUAGGUCAUUUCGAUCUUUGCCUUUUGUGGAUACCCACUUUCAACCUUCGACAGAUACCUAGUAUAUGGCAAAGGGUAGAGAGAAACAUCAAGAAAGUGAUUGAAUAUGGAGGAUUGUUCGAGGCGAAUUCUGCGGCGUUGAGAAAGGGCUGGAAGGGAAGUUAUCCAAGUGAAGAUGUUUUGAAGCUAAUUAUCUCACUGAAUGGUAAGAUAUGCCUAUCUGACGACUCGCACGGUAUAUCCUAUGUCGGUCUGAACUACGCAAGAAUGAAGGAUUAUCUGAUACGUAACGGCGUGAAGGAAAUCUGGCAUUUGGUCCCCACACCUGCUCAGAUGGAUGGAGAUCAGGAGAUUCAGAAUGAUAGGCGGAGAGUGGUCAGUAGGAAGCUGACUGAUUGGGACAAACAUUCCUUUUGGUUUGAUAAUGAAUUAUAA